UACUAUGAUGUAUUUCUUGUGCCUCCUUCAUGUUCUUGACCUGCGUUGAUUUUCCUUCUGGACUUCAUUAUGUGUUAUUUAGACUUAAAUAAUGUCUACAAAACCACAAUACAGUAGUUCCUGAAAAGAGCUAGUUGGGGAAAUGAAGACGAUGAAAGAUCGGGAAAGCUCUCACUGUUAUUACCAGACCUGCAAAUGUUUAUUUUAGAGAUGAGAAAAGGAAGAUGCGUGCUAAUAUUCUACGACAGCUGGCUGCCCUGGCACGCUUCUACACACCACUUUUUGGAGGCCGCAACCUUAUCAUUACCAAUACAGUGAGCUGUGGUGUUUUACUGGGAACUGCAGAUAUAAUUCAGCAAUCUUUGGAGAGAAGAAGAAACCCUGCACUGAAGUGGGAUGCUGACCGCAUGAUACACAUGUUCAUUACAGGAUGUUCCAUGGGACCACCCCUACAUUACUGGUACCUCUUGCUAGACAAAAUAACCCCAGGAAAAGGAAUGCAACACGUAAAAAUUGUUGUCCUAAAGGUAACAAUUGAUCAGGCCUUUGCUCCAUUCUUUGGAUGCUGGUAUUUCACAUGGAUGGGAUUGCUUCAAGGUCAUAGUUUGGCAGACAGUCUGAAGGAAUUUAAAGAGAAGUUCUGGGAGUAUUUCAUUGCAGAACUCACUGUGUGGCCAGCUGCUCAACUGGUAAAUUUUUUCUUUCUCCAGCCAAAAUAUCGAGUGAUAUUUGUGAACAUGGUGACUUUAGGAUGGAAUGUAUACCUUUCAUAUCUCAAACACAGAAGUUGAGGACUGCAAAAGAAACUAAGGAUUACAAAGCCUUGGAAGCAGAAACACAAAGUACAAAACUAUUUCUUUGAGUUAGCUUUGCAGGCUACAAAUAUAUGCGGUUUUCAAUUCUCA